AUGUCGCACGAAAUGUCCCACAUGGGCCCUAGGGCCUUCAACCAUGACAACAGUAGCGACGCGGAGGCGGAGUACGAUCGUCUCCGUGAUCUGGCCCGCCAGGAGGCCGCUAAGCGCGGUCAAUGUUUCGGACGGUCGAAGGAAGCCUAUUCGAGCGGCGAUGGCGCCGGUGCCAAGCAGCUGUCCGAGGAGGGAAAGGCCCACGGCCGCAAGAUGGAGGAGUAUAACAAGCAAGCCUCAGAGUUCAUCUUCCGUGAGAACAACUCAAACGGACGCGUUGCGGCCGACACCAUCGAUCUGCAUGGUCAGUUUGUCGAGGAGGCGGAGGAGAUCCUGGAAGAGCGGAUUAAGUACGCCAAGCAGCAUGGGCAAAAUCAUUUGCAUGUUAUUGUCGGCAAGGGAAACCACUCCGCCAACCACAUCCAGAAAAUCAAGCCCCGUGUCGAGCAGGUGUGCCAAGAGCUGGGCCUGCAAUAUGCGACUGAAGACAAUGCCGGUCGCAUUUACAUAAACCUUACCGGUGGCGAGGCCGUCAUGCCCCCGUCGACUGGUCACCAUGCGCCCCAGCAGGGUCACGGUGGCUACCCUGGCCAGCAGCAAGGGUACCAGGGACACCAGGGACAACAGGGCCACCAACAAGGCCACCAACAAGGCCACCAACAAGGCCACCAACAGCAGCAACAGCAACAACCCGACGAGAUCGAGGAGUUUGCCAAGAAGAUGCUGCCCAAGGUUCUCCGCAAGCUGGAGAAGGCUUGCUGUGUGGUUAUGUGA